AUGACUGCAAACUCGGAUGAAAGCAAGCAGCCUCCUCUGACGGCGAUGGAUGCAGGGCUUACCACCAUUUCUAUUGGCAAGCUCCUGGCGGGCGAUCCGGCCACGACUAUGAAGCUACUGGAUGCAAGCACAGAUCUAGGCUUCUUCUAUGUCGAUAUCCGCGAUCACCCGUCGGGAGAUCUUGAGCAAAAGAUUGACCAAGUGAAGCAAAUUGCUCUCGAGUUUUUUAGCCUGCAGCAAGAGCAGAAGGAUGCAUGGGAGGUUAACAAGGACCACGAAGAUGGCAAAGAAACCAUCAUGGGAUAUAAGCCUGCCGGCAUACAGACUGGACCUGUGGCAGGUAAGAAGGAUGGGUUUGAGGGAUUUCUUAUUUUCCAGCACGCCUUGAGUGUCGCUUCACGCGAGAGCCCCAUCCAUGGACCCAAGAUGUUCCAGGAGAACCGUGAGCUUGUCGAGUCCAUCAACACGCAUUUGGCUCACAUGGGCCGUCAUAUCCUCGACAGCUUGUCUUGCUCUCUCGAGUAUGCAGCUGAGAAGAAUUUGGCACUCCACCACCGGGAAAACCGGCCCUCGACUACAGCGUUGGGCCUGCUCAAAUAUUUACCCUACACGCCCGAGUCUGACAAGGUCGGCCACAUCCCGCACACUGACAUUGGCAGCCUAUCCAUGGUCUUUUCUGACGUCGGUGGACUGCAAGUCUACCACCCGCGCAACAAGACAUGGAUGUUUAUCGAGCCGCGCCCUGGCCAUACGGUUUGCAAUAUUGGCGACUCUGUGGAAUUUCUGUCCCAAAAGGUGUUGCGCUCGUCCUUGCAUCGAGUCAUCCCGCAUCCCGCACACAAGGACGAGGUCAAAUUGACCGUCGUCUAUCUGAUGCGUCCAGAGACAGACACCGUCUUUGUCGGCCGCGAUGGAGAGGAGUGGAAGAGCGUGGACUGGCACAACAGGAAAAACAGGCUGUUUGCGAAGGAGAUGGAAUCACAGGCUCGCGAUUAUACCCUGACAGGACGUAACAUUAGUGACGACCUGUGGGACGAGCGCUAA